AUGCCGCAAUCUCAACUUGGUCCAGUGUCUCAAGCCGACAAAGACAAUGAAAAAUACUUUGGGUCCGAGGAAGUGGAAAACUACUCCAACAUCAUCACCAUCGACAACAACCAAGUGUUGGGCCUAACUCAUGAAGAUGCCGAGUUCUAUAACAAUUUCUCAGUUGAAAAGAGGAAGAAUGUGUUAAGGAAGGUUGACAUCCGACUGGUCCCCAUGUUGGCGAUCUUGUACCUCGUCUCUCAUUUAGAUAGGGCAAAUAUCGGAAAUGCAAAGAUUGCAGGCCUGGUUGAGGACCUAGGCAUGAGUGGGAUUCAGUAUAACAUCGCACUUAGCCUGUUCUUCAUCCCAUACGUUCUUCUUGAGGUACCCAGCAACAUUCUGCUGAAGAAGUUUGCCCGACCAUCUGUUUACCUAGGCUUCUUGGUAGUCAGCUGGGGAAUCAUCGUGGUCUUAACUGGUGUCGUGCAGAACUUUGGUGGAUUGGUGGCUGUCCGUAUCUUGCUGGGUGUCUUCGAAGCAGGAUUCUUUCCAGGCGCAAUCUACCUAUGUUCGCAUUGGUAUAUGCCUAAGAACCUGGCUACCCGGAUUGCUUUCUUUUACUGCGCAAGUGCAUUGUCCGGUGCAUUUUCCGGCCUGCUCGCGGCCGGAAUUGCAAGAAUGGAUGGUGUUGGUGGCUAUGAAGGAUGGCGCUGGAUCUUUAUACUCGAGGGUCUGCUCACCGUUUUGCUCGGGGUGCUUUGCUUCUUUCUUCUUAUCGACUCCCCCCGGCUAUCCACCAAGUGGCUGGACCCGGACGAGAUUCGCUUCUUAGAGCUACAACACUUCAUCAAGGACGGUGGCCGGUUCAAGGAAGAGCAGAAAAAGGCUUCAUGGAAGGACAUGCGUGCCGUGAUGCUAAACUGGAGAAUGUACUUGCUUGCCUAUAUCCUGCUUUGCCAGUCAGCCUGUUCCUACGGGACCAAAUUCACCCUCCCUACUAUCACGAAGGGAAUGGGAUUCGAAAACACCAAUGCGCAACUCAUGACGGUUCCGCCAUACGUUGCUGGUGCUAUCUCAGCCGUCGUUUUCUCAACGUUGUCUGACCGAUUCUACUGGCGCAUGCCGUUUGUGGUAGCUCCAGUGAUGCUUAUCGUGAUUGGCUAUUCGAUUAUCAUGGGCCUCAAGGGCAAUCUAGAAGGCGCCAACAUCGGGCCGGGCUUCUUCGCUAUUAUCUUGACAUGUAUGGGCAUAUAUCCUACGCACCCGGCGACAACUUCGUGGACUAUGAAUAACUUGGCUCCAUCGAAUCGCCGUGCGAUCGGGAGCGCAUUCAACAUAUGUAUCGGCAACAUUGGCGGUAUUAUCGGCAGCUAUAUGUAUCUCGAUCAUGAAGACCCGACUUACCCCACAGGCUUUGGCUUAUCUUUGGCAUUUGGAGGAACUGCUCUGAUGGCAGCUUUGAUUCUCGAACUGUCCUUCUUUUGGGGAAACAAGCGCAAAGCCAAAGUCAGCGAGGACGAAAUCCGUGAGAAUUACACCGAUGAGGAGCUACUGGAUAUGGGAGACAAGUCACCGCUGUUCAAGUAUACACUGUGA